AUGCUGACGAUGGAAGCUCACUCCGCCGCCGCCGCCGCCGCCCGCUUCUCCGUCGCCAGCAUCCACUCAUCUACUAGUUUCCUCUCACACUCAUCCGCCCUUUUCAUCCCGCGGAUUUACAGGAGGUUCGCUGGUAGGUUGAAGAGUGCAAAUGGAUAUAGAGCUUUUGGUUCGGAGCCAGCUCCGGUGAAGCCGGAUGCAAAGGCACAAUGGUAUCAUCCAUUAGAAGAAAUUUCUGAGCCACGGUUUUUUAAGAAUGGCGAAGCUAAACUCACGCGUGCCGAGAUUUCUAGAACGAUAAUCGAGGUGAAUAGCAAGGCCACACUGAUGUUUUCUGGUCUGAUCGAUGAAGAAUUUCGUGAUGACAUAUUCUGGCCGGACUUACCUUAUGUGACUGAUGAACAUGGCAAUAUUUACGUCCGAGUGAAGACUGACGAAGAUAUCUUGAAAACCCUUACAUCCGAGGAAAUCGUUGUGGUAAGAACAAUUGUAAUGUACACUUAUCAUGAGUAG